AGUACGGCUUCGUCAACCACGCCCUGGAGCUGCUGGUGAUCCGCAAUUACGGCCCCGAGGUCUGGGAGGACAUCAAAAAGGAGGCACAGCUGGAUGAAGAAGGGCAGUUCCUAGUCAGAAUCAUUUAUGAUGAUUCCAAAACAUAUGAUUUGGUUGCUGCGGCAAGCAAAGUCCUUAACCUUAAUGCUGGAGAAAUCCUUCAGAUGUUUGGAAAGAUGUUUUUUGUAUUUUGCCAAGAAUCGGGUUAUGACACCAUCUUGCGCGUCUUGGGUUCAAAUGUCAGAGAAUUUUUGCAGAACCUUGAUGCUCUGCAUGACCACCUUGCUACGAUAUACCCAGGUAUGCGUGCCCCUUCCUUUAGGUGCACUGAUGCAGAAAAAGGGAAGGGUCUCAUUCUACAUUACUAUUCAGAAAGAGAAGGCCUCCAAGACAUUGUAAUUGGAAUAAUCAAAACAGUUGCUCAGCAAAUCCAUGGCACUGAAAUCGACAUGAAGGUUGUUCAACAAAGAAAUGAAGAAUGUGAUCACAUUCAGUUUUUAAUUGAAGAGAAGGACUCUAAAGAAGAGGAUUUUUAUGAAGACCUGGACAGAUUUGAAGAGAACGGUACCCAAGAGUCUCGCAUCAGUCCUUACACUUUUUGCAAGGCUUUCCCCUUCCAUAUUAUAUUUGAUAGAGAUCUUGUUGUCACCCAGUGUGGCAAUGCAAUAUAUAGAGUCCUUCCACAGCUCCAACCAGGAUAUUGCAAUCUCUUGUCAGUAUUCUCUUUGGUUCGGCCUCACAUUGAUAUAAGUUUCCAUGGAAUCCUCUCACAUAUCAACACUGUCUUUGUUUUGCGGAGCAAGGAAGGGCUGCUGGAUGUGGAAAAGCUGGAGUGUGAAGAUGAAUUAACUGGUACCGAAAUCAGCUGCUUACGCCUUAAAGGGCAAAUGAUCUACUUACCUGAAGCAGAUAGUAUUCUCUUUCUUUGUUCUCCGAGUGUGAUGAAUUUGGAUGACCUAACCAGAAGAGGGCUGUACCUGAGUGAUAUUCCAUUGCAUGAUGCUACUCGUGAUUUAGUACUUCUGGGAGAGCAAUUCAGAGAGGAAUACAAGCUGACCCAAGAGUUAGAAAUACUAACAGACAGGCUUCAGCACACAUUAAGAGCACUGGAAGAUGAGAAAAAAAAGACAGACACUCUGCUGUAUUCAGUCCUUCCUCCAUCUGUGGCCAAUGAGCUGAGACACAAGCGCCCCAUUCCAGCGAAGCGUUAUGAUAAUGUGACCAUACUUUUUAGUGGCAUUGUGGGAUUCAAUGCUUUCUGCAGCAAACAUGCCUCUGGAGAAGGAGCCAUGAAAAUUGUCAAUCUUUUAAAUGAUAUUUACACUAGAUUUGAUAUUCUGACUGAUUCACGAAAGAAUCCCUUUGUUUAUAAGGUUGAAACAGUUGGAGACAAGUACAUGACAGUAAGCGGCUUGCCAGAGCCGUGCAAUCAUCAUGCCCGUUCUGUCUGCCACUUAGCAUUGGAUAUGAUGGAAAUUGCUGGACAGGUUCAAGUUGAUGGAGAGUCUGUGCAGAUAACAAUAGGCAUUCACACAGGAGAAGUGGUUACUGGUGUCAUUGGCCAAAGGAUGCCUCGUUAUUGCCUUUUUGGAAACACCGUUAACCUAACAAGCCGAACAGAAACUACCGGAGAAAAGGGGAAGAUCAAUGUUUCUGAGUAUACCUACCGAUGUCUUAUGACUCCUGAAAAUUCAGACCCGCAAUUCCACCUGGAACACAGAGGUCCUGUUUCAAUGAAGGGUAAAAAAGAACCAAUGCAAGUUUGGUUUUUGUCCAGAAAGUGCACAGAGACAGAGGAAGUAACUCAUGAUGCUAACUAAGUCAAGAGAAGCCCACGAAGACAACGAACAGGGUGGAACACCAUGUCUUGUCACUAACUC